AUGUCGCGGGAGUCCAUCAAUUAUUCGCCGCGUGACGGUAACGCGACGGGAGCGCGACGGGCGCGUGACCCGUGGCGGUGCCGUUUCGCAACCGCCGCGGGAGCGGGGCGAUGCGCCAGAAUAGUGCGCGUUGUGCAACGGCGGUGGCGCGGCCAGGGUCGCCGCGCCGCGCCCGGCUGCAAGCGCCCUCGCAACGUGGACGUCCAUUUGAUGCACUAUACCGAUUGGCUCGAUCCAAUACCCAAAUUCUUUUUAUUGUCAGAAGGUGGCAAGCGAGCUGGUUCACCUGAUUUUGGUCUCUCCGGGGAUCUACCA